GCGGUGGCAGCUGGGACCCCCGGGAAUGACUAGGGGAAUCUCAUCUCCAUCUUCCCUCUUCAGAGAGCAGUCCUUUCUCUGUGCAGCUGGAGAGACUGGUCAGCAGAGCUGGGUCCGCGUGGGGAGGGGCUCUCAGGUGCUUCUGGGUUGGAGUGAACAAGCCUACACAGACAGGGGUGCAUAUGUACCAUCCAGAACUUCCAGCCCCCACCCCUCUUCGUCUCAUCCGUGUGUUAAGUGCAAUGACCUAUUUAAGGUAAACCCAUUCCACCUACGCCAAUUUGGGGCUUAUCCAAGCACUGCCUCCCUCCUGCUCUGUCCAAGUUGCCUGGACCAUAAGGUCAACUUGAGAGGGAAGGCCUUGGGUUGAGGGCUUGUGAUCAGAAAAACUGAAGAUGGAAGUUUUGGUCAGCACUGAUGUGUGUUAGACACGAGUCCUCGCCCUGUGUUCUGAGCCUGAGUCAUUUUUCUUUUUCCAGUCGCCCUGCCCCCCAACACUUAUCCCAGAUAUGACAACAUGCUGCCUGAUGGUCCCAGCCCCUACGCUAAACGUCAUCCCACCAACACCACCAAACUUGGGGGCCCAAGGGCAGUGCCUGGUGCCACUCCCAUCUGCUGUCCCCCCUUCUCUCCUGCAAUUGGUUUGUACUCAUUGGGCUGUGCUCUCUCUUGCCUGUUUACCUGAUGUAUGGAAAUAAAUGUCCUUUUCCUCCUG